AUGAAUACAGAUUCCAAAGGAAGAGCAUGGUUUAACAAAAUCUACCAUAAAUUCGAAACGAAGGUGGACAGUUUGGCUUCUCAGGGUAAGGUUUCUUCAAAAUCAAGGGAUCCUACAGAAUUAGAUUCUCUAGGGGAUGAAACAGAGAAACAAAUGGAGGGAGAUAGUUUGGAGGAGAAGUCAUCAGGCUCUAUGUUGACUGAUGAGAAGCUUGAAGAGCACAGUGAUUGUAAUCAGACAGCAACCACUUCUCAAGCACCUCAAUCUACUCACCGUUCCCCGGAGAGCCUUAUGACUGCAAUAGCAUUUAAUCAAGAUGACUUCUUCAUUGAAGACUUUGAUGCUGCUCCAUUGGAUACCAUUGAUUUGUACGACAUGACCUUUCGAGAAGACCCCUCAGAUUUUGACGACAAUUUGCUCUAUGCAGCGCGUGACAGGUCUAGGCAGCUCAGAUCAUUCAAGAGCAAGAUAAUGGAUGCUUUAACUUCGAAAAGAAGAAGGGAGAAGGAAUAUGAGCAGCUUGCAAUAUGGUUUGGAGAUGCAGACAUGGGUUGUGAUCUCAUGAAACCCAAGGAACAUGCUACAAUACCUCUAGACUCCAAAAGCUCAGAGUCAAAUGUGCCAUUUGCAUCAGAAGAUUCUGAAUGGGAGCUAUUGUAA